CCAACGCACACACUCGCGGCUACGCACCAUACCCCAAACACGAUGACUGACGCCCACGCCUCAGGUCACCACCUCGAGCACGAUGUGCUCACACCCGGCGAGGCCGAUGAGAAGGUCAAGGGCUUGCAUGGAGAUGCUCGAGUGUCGGACUCGAACAUCUUGACGGAUGACGCUGCCUUGCCAGCAGGCACGUUGGACCCGGUCUACGAAGCCAAGGCUCGAGUGCUGAACAGGGCCAUCCAAGAGAUUGGCAUGGGCAGGUAUCAGUGGCAAUUGUUUGUCGUCGUAGGCUUUGGAUGGGCAAGCGAUAACCUGUGGCCCAUCGUCACUUCCCUCAUCUUUACUCCCAUCUCCAACGAAUUCAAUCCCGAUCGACCUCCGCUGCUCACUCUUGCCCAGAACAUUGGUCUGCUGGUAGGCGCAGUGUUCUGGGGCUUUGGAGCAGACAUCUUUGGCAGGAGAUGGGCAUUCAAUCUCACCAUCGGCAUCACUGGUCUCUUUGGGAUGAUUGCAGGCUCUGCGCCCAACUUUGCCGCCAUUGGCGUCUUCGCAGCGCUUUGGUCCGUCGGGGUGGGCGGCAAUCUGCCGGUGGACUCUGCCAUCUUUUUGGAAUUCCUGCCGGCCACGCACCAGUACCUCCUGACCAUCCUAUCCGUCGACUGGGCCCUCGCUCAGCUUCUCGCCAACCUCAUCGCUUGGCCCCUGCUAGGCAACCUGACCUGCCCACAGACGGCAGCAGUGUGCGCGCGUCAAGACAAUAUGGGCUGGCGCUACUUUAUCAUCACCAUGGGAGGUAUUGCCGUCCUCAUGUUCGUCGUACGAUUCGUCUUUUUCUCCAUCUACGAGUCGCCCAAAUAUCUCAUGAGCCGAGGGAGAGAUGCAGAGGCCGUUCGCGUGGUCCAUGAAGUGGCCAGACGAAAUGGAAAAGUGUCGAAUUUGACGCUGGAAGAUCUCAGCAGGUUCGACGAUGAUAUUGCGGGGGACAAGUCGGAAAAGGAGAGGGAAGAGGCUUUGGCUGCCAAUUACUCCACCAAGCAAGCCAUCCUGAGAAGCUUGAAGGAUGUGGAUAGCUCCCUCAUCAAAUCCCUCUUUGCUACCCGCAAGAUGGCCAUUUCCACCUCGAUGAUCAUCGUCAUUUGGGCGCUACUCGGUCUGUCAUUCCCGCUUUACAAUGCCUACGUGCCCUUCAUCCAAGCAUCUCGGGGCGCAGAUUUUGGUGACGGCUCCACCUAUCUCACCUAUCGCAAUUCGCUCAUCAUUGCCGUUGUGGGUAUUCCAGGCUGCAUCGUGGGCGCCUUGCUAUCCGAGCUGCCGCGCAUCGGUCGAAAGGGAACACUAUUCCUAUCCACCGCUGGCACGGGGGCUUUCCUGUUCGCCAGCACGACAGCGACCAAUUCGCCAUCCUUGCUGGGAUGGCAGUGCGCCUACUCCUUUUCCAGCUCGGCAAUGUACGCCAUCUUGUACGCCUACACGCCAGAAGUCUUUCCUACUCGAGUCAGAGGUACGGGAAACGCGAUCACUGCUUCGGCGAACCGCAUCUUUGGCAUCAUGGCUCCCAUCGUUGCCAUGUUUGCCAAUCUGGAAACUUCGGCGCCCGUCUAUGUCAGCGGAGCUCUCUUCAUCGCUGCUGGCAUCCUCGCUCUCGUCUUGCCCUUCGAAUCCAGAGGCAAGGCCAGCUUGUAGAAAAAAUCCCAGCGCAGCGUUCGUGCCUGCUCUUGCGCUUAUUCAUGUAUCAAAUCCACAACGG